AUGACAACACUUAAUGAUGUUAUGUAUUCUUCUGAGGAAGAUGAGAAUGAGGUAGACGACGGAGAACCUGUAGCAACAUUCGAACCCAUUCGUAAGAAAAUCGUAAAAAGAAAAAGAAAAGUAGAAGAAGUUGAUGAAGACAGUGAAGAUGAUGAAGAUGAUGAUGACGAUGUCGACGAUGAAGGCGAUGACAGUGAUGACGAUGACAGUGGAGACAGUGAAGAUGACGAAGAUGAAGAAGAUAUAGACGAUGAAGAAGGUCUGGAAGACGAAGAAGGUCUAGAAGACGAGGACGAAGAGGAGCUAGAAGUACAAGGAAUGGAGAAAGUAGAAGACGAAGAUGAUGUCGAAGACGAAGAUGACGUAGAGGACGAAGAUGGCGUAGAAGACGAGGAAGCUGAAAAUGAUAACCAGGAUGAAGAAGAGGAAGAAGUCGAAGAAAUUAAUGAAAAUAGUCUGAAAGAAGGAGAUGAAGGAUAUGAACUCGAUGCAUUGAAAGUACAACAACCUGAAGCAAUUCCCGAUUUCGCUGAUGAAACUUUAACGUUUGCCAAGUUGAAUACUCCAAAUUGGUUAAUCGAAUGUUUGGAAUCUCUAAGAAUAUCGAGACCGACUCCUGUUCAGGCUGCUUGCAUUCCUCGUAUCAUGGAGGGAUCUGAUGUUCUCGGUUGUGCCAAGACCGGUACAGGAAAAACUUUAGCCUUUGCUAUACCGAUUUUGAAAAAGCUUUCGAUUGAUCCAUACGGAGUGUUCGCUCUGGUUUUGACUCCCACACGUGAACUGGCCGUACAAAUUGCCGAUCAGUUCAGGUCGAUUGGAGGUCCAAUUUGUUUGAAACUAGCUGUGAUUAUUGGGGGCGUGGAUAUAAUUCAACAAGCGAAUGAGCUCCAGAAGAGACCUCACAUCGUCGUAGCCACUCCAGGACGUCUUGCUGAUCUCGUCGAGAAUAAUGAAUCAUUUACAAACGUGUUCAAGAAAGUUCAAUUCUUCGUUAUUGAUGAGGCUGAUAUCAUGCUUGAUGGUCAGUUCAAUGCCGAUCUCAAAGUCAUCUUCGACGCUGUGCCAAAGCAACGACAAACUCUUCUUUUCUCAGCCACUUUAUCAUCAUCUAUAACUACACUACAUAGUCUAUCAACUAGAAAGCCUUACUUCUUCGAGGAUAAAGCUAAGGUUACAACAGUCGCAAAUUUGGAGCAGAAGUAUGUCCUAUGUCCUCAAUAUGUAAAAGAUGCAUACUUGGUAUACGUUGUCAAAAACUACAUCGAGCAGAACCCAACCAGUUCGGUUCUAGUAUUCGCUCAAAGUUGUCAUGAAGCUCAUGCCCUCAGUUACAUGUUCGUCGGAUUAGGAUACCAAUGUGGAGUUCUCCACUCUCAAGUUCCUCAGAAAGUUCGUUCUGCCUCCUUAGCAGCCUUCAGAAACAAGAGCAAGAGGGUUCUAAUUUGUACAGAUGUAGCAGCUAGAGGAUUGGAUAUCCCACAUGUUGAUUUGGUGAUCAAUCAUAACAUACCUCGAAGCCCUAAAACCUAUGUGCACAGAGUAGGAAGAUCUGCUCGUGCUGGACGAUUCGGUUCUGCACUUAAUUUCGUUACCCAAUAUGAUAUUAAUCUGAUGAAAGCUUGUGAGGAAUACGUAGGAAAGAAGUUCGAAGAGUUACAGAUCAAUCAUGCAAAGGUCGUCAAAUAUACAACGAAGGUUCUGGUGUCAAAGAAGGAAGCAGAGUUGAAGCUCGAAAGAGAAAACUUUGAAGAGAGAGGAGACACUAGAAAGAGGCUACAACUCAUUAUGUCUGGACUGACUGAGGAAGAGGCUGACGAUUUCCUUGAUGCUAGGAGGAACCUUAAGCAAGGACAAAAUCAUAAGAGCCGCCCUGAUCGCAAAAAUGAGAAAUUCCAAAAAUCUGAUAGAGCCCCUAGACAACAGAAAGAUGACAAACCAGAACAGAAGACACUGAAAAGCGAACCAAGUAAAAAGGUAGCUAAACUAGACGUGAAGACUAAGAAGAACACAGUGAAGAAGGCUAAAGUUGCAAAAAUAUUAAGUUUAUAA